CUGCGCCGGACCUGGCGAGUCAGGCGGCUGAGGACGAGACGGAACCUAUAUGGUCUUCCCAGGGGAUAGCGGCAAACACGACUGGCCCAUCAUGUCCUAUGGGGAGCAAUUCCUUUGGCUCCAAGAAGGCAGCGGCACCGCUGACGGAGCCAGCAAGCGUGACCGCUCCGCCGGGGGCUCGAAUGUUGAACGAGGCGAGAAGCGCGCGGCAGAGCCAAGUCAGGCUCAGGGCGCCCCGCGGAAGAAGGCGACGCCCGGCCCGAGGGUCAAGAACCGCAUCUGCCAGGUGGUGGGUUGCGAUAUCGAGUACUCCUCCACGCACGAGUGCAGGGCGCGCGCUUGCCAGACGCACUGCUCUGCCCUCAGCGUGCGACUCGAGGGCCAGGAUCCCGAGCAGCAGUUCCGCUUCUGCUACCAGUGUCACAAGUUCCACGAGCUCGACGCGUUUCGGAACCCCGACGGCACGCUCCGCCCCAGGCACAACUGCUACCAGUCGCAGGCGCUGCGGCUGGAUCGGCGGAAGAAGAAGGACGCGGCGGCCAAGGCGUCCAAGAAGAACCUCGACAUCGUCGCCGUCCUGGAAGCGCAGUCGGGGCAAAUAAUCGACGCCGUCAACCUCGCGCGCGCGAGCAACGCGGCGGCGAGCAACCUUAUCCUGGCCAACGUCAUGGAAGUCGCCAAGGCCACGCAGCAGACGAUCGCGAACGUGCAGCAACGCCCGGGCUCGCACCCGUCGCAGCAGCUCCCGCACACGACCAAACCGGCCGCCGCCGCGACUGCUUUCGCGCCAGCUGUGUCGUCGUUCAACCCGGGUUUUUCAGCGUCGUCGAGCGGUGCCGAGCGCCGGGUGCCGGGCGAUCACCCAUCCGGUCCAUCGCUCGGUAACCCCGCGUCGCCGCUGGACAUCACCGCGAUUGACGACAAACGACAUCAGCGGACGAUGCACGUCAUGGGCGACGCCGCGGGCGCGACGCGUUUCGAGGAGUUGGCCCACGUGCCGCCAGAGGAGACUCUUCAGGGGCGCGACGGCGGAGAGUUCUCGCCCGACCUGCUUCACAGUCUGCUCUCCUACCCUAAACCCUAAACCCUAAACCCUACACCGGCGAGACCGAAGUGAGGGUUGAUGAGGACAGGACCUUUUCUCGUGGGGGGUUGAAGCUCGCGCCACCCAUCAGCUCGGUAAAAGCCUUGGCGUCUUGUCAAAAUCUACACGACGCCGCACAGAGGGAUGCAACAUGGCGGCGAAGACAUUAUCUCGCGUCGCAGCCCCAAACCAAAGAUGUUUUCACUUAGACAGGCCCAGAUGGCCCUUUUUGAUCUCAUAUGAGCACAAUUUGCAUGGACUGUAUUCUCUCUCACACCUCUCGGUCGCCGCAUUGCCGCUGGGGAGCAGCAAGGUUCGUCGUCGAUCGUCGACACCUGGCGAAACUGAAAAGUCAACCGGAUGCCCGAACCUCCACGUGUUGGCAGGUUUUUUUGUGGCUGAGUGUUACCCCUGAUGGCAGUCAUAGGAGGAGCGGAGUUCAGAGGCGCUAGGCAGGCCCGAAAGGGUUCGGAAGGGGGCUUUAGUCUCGCCGAUCGGCGGAUAGAUCC